GGUUGCCCUCCCACUCACUCAGGACUAGUGAGUGUGUGCUCUUUGCAGACCCAGGUCCUACCCUGCCUCGGCCCUGACCGCACUGCUCCAGUGACAAAGCGAAGAUUGGAAGGUUAACCAGGCCUAGAGAGAAGUGCUGCAUGGUCCCACAGCCCAGUUGGUGUAUGACCUGUUGUGUGCAGAAAACAAGUUUCCAGUAUCACACAGCUCACCACUAAAUUCCCAUUCUUCAUCGCUCCGCACAGUGCAUCCACCUCUCCCCAGACUGUCUGUUUCUUUGUUUUUUUCUGUCAUCAUUCCACACAUAUAUUCUCCACGUCGUCCAGCUUGUUCCAUGACUUCUGGCCUAUCACCAUGGCGUACAAAUCACGCUUUUCAUUCUGGGAGCAAAAGGUCAAAGUCAAGCCAGAUUCUGAUGUAGAUAGUACUCAACCUCAGGCAGUCACUAAACCUGAGCUAGACACUGGAAGUGGUCCACAGCCAACUGCAUCAGCAGCGGUAGAGUCCAGCAGUAACGCUGACAUGGGAGGCCCGGACUCUCCGAAGGAAGAGCAGAGCGGUAAAAAGGUGGUGAGGGUCGUGCGAAGAGUUGUUAGACGUGUGGUUCCUGGUGGGGCUGAACAGCAGAAUCAGCCGGCUGUUUCUGAGGCUGCCAGGGCCGCAUCUGUUGCAGAGUCUGUGCCCAAAACCAUCAAAAACACCAGGGAGGACAAGGAUGAUAUCUCCAUGGGCCUGACCAGCCUAAUGGGCAGAAGUAGAACCAAAGAACACCGACCUCGCACCCGCACCCAGGACCGCAAAGAGGACACGAAAGAAGAGGUGAAGCAAGAGGAGGAGAAAGAAAAAGUGGAGGAAGAGGAAGAAAAACCUGCCGAGGAGGCCACAUCCACGUCCACGUCCGUGCCCACUGCCACAGUGCCAAACCCUGCACCACCAAAGUCUAACCUCUUCAGCCCUCCAGCUACGUUCCUCCCUGCUUUCAAACCCGACCCAUUGUCCCCGCCUGCUGGUUUCAUCCCUGCUCCUAAACAGAAUCCGUUGACUCCUCCACCUGGUUUCAUCCCUGCCAAAAUAUCCAGUCCGGUGCCCCCUAAACCGAAUCCCCUGGCAAGACCUCCAGGAUUUAUCCCUGUCUCAAAGACAGACCCCUUGGCUCCUCCUGCAGGGUUCAUCCCAAAGCCUCGUCUAUUUGCUGUAAAGAAACCAGAGGUAAAAGAGACAUCUUCCCCCCCUGUGGGCCCCAAUGAUAGGCCAUCCCCUGUUGUACUACCCCAGGCUCAGCCUGCACCAAAUAUACAGGUCCCGGAGCUGAUUCCCACUGAGGAAGAUUACAAGCGCGUGAGGAGGAUCUUCACCGUUUCUGACAAAGAUUGUGCCAGAGGCCACAAAUCCUCUCAGAGCAAGGUUGUUGAGGACCCCGUGGCCAUACUACAGGCAGCACACUCAGCUGCAACUAAGGGAAAGACUGAGGAGCAGAUAACAGCAGAGAAAGCCUGGUAUAACAAAGACAAAGUAUGGCUUGUCCACAAAGAUGGAUUUUCCUUGGCAACCCUCCUGAAGACAGAGGCAGGCAGUCUGCCAGAAGGGAAGGUGAAAAUCCGCCUGGAGAGUGAUGGAUCUUUAUUGGAUGUGGAUGAAGAUGAUAUAGAGAAGGCAAACCCUCCGAUGUUCGACCGCAUGGAGGACCUGGCCUCUCUGCAGUAUUUGAAUGAGUCGAGCGUGAUGCACUCCCUGAGGCAGCGGUACGGCGGUAACCUGGUGCACACCCACGCUGGGCCCAACAUGUUGGUCAUUAACCCCAUUAGCGCCCCUUCAAUGUACUCAGAGAAGGUGAUGCAAAUGUUCAAAGGCUGCAGGAGGGAGGACACUGCCCCUCAUAUUUACAGCAUGGCCCAGGCUGCUUACAGGAGCCUGCUGACCACUCGUCAGGAUCAGUCCAUUGUCUUGCUGGGCAAGAGCGGCAGUGGCAAGACCACCAACUGUCAACAUAUCAUCCAGUACCUGCUUACCGUUGCUGGCAGCACCAACAAAACAUUCUCCUCAGAGAAAUGGCAGGCGGUCUACACAGUUUUGGAGGCAUUUGGAAAUGCCUCCACAUGUAUGAAUGGAAAUGCUAGUCGCUUCUCCCAUAUUGUUUCUUUGGAUUUUGACCAGGCAGGCCUGGUGACCUCAGCCUCUAUCCAGACCAUGCUCCUGGAGAAGAUGAGGGUGACGAGAAGACCAGACGGAGAGUCCACUUUUAAUGUUUUUUACUACCUGAUGGCUGGAGUAGACAGUUCUCUCAGGACUGAGCUGCACCUUAACCACUUUGCAGAAAACAAUUCGUUCAGAAUGAUGCCUCAGACUAAGACUGAGGAUAAGCAGCGGGCCUCCCAGCAGUUUUCCAAACUGCAAGCAGCCAUGAAGGUUCUAGGGAUCAGCGGUGAUGAGCAGAGGGCUUUCUGGCUGGUUCUCGGGGCCAUCUACCAUCUUGGGGCUGCAGGAGCUACUAAAGCUGGCAGGAAACAAUUUGCACGUCAUGAGUGGGCCCAGAAGGCGGCCUACCUGCUGGGCUGCACCCUGGAGGAGCUCUCCUCCUCCAUCUUCAAGCACCAGGCCAAGGGCACCCUGCCCAGAGCCAGCUCCGUUCGCCAGGCUUCUGACGAAAAUGGCACAGCAGAUGCAGGAUCCAAGGCGACUGCCAUUGAGUGUUUAGAGGCCAUGGCAUCUGCACUUUACUCUGAACUCUUCACUAUCCUCAUUUCUUUUAUAAACCGGGCCUUGAAAUCCAGUCAGAAUUCCCUGUGCUCUCUGCUCAUCGUGGACACACCGGGCUUUCAAAACCCCCGUCUGGCAAAGCGCGAGUGCAGCGCAACCUUUGAGGACCUGUGCCACAACUACACUCAAGAGCGUCUGCAUACCCUCUUCUAUCAGCGCACCUUUGUUCAGGAGUUGGAGAGAUACAAAGAGGAGAACAUCGAGCUCGCCUUAGAUGACACGGAGCCCUGCACAUCUCUCUCUGUAGCAGUGGUAGACCAAGCUUCCAGCCAAGCGCUCGUACGGACAGGGCGAACAGAUGAGGCACGGGGUCUGUUGUGGCUGAUGGAGGAGGAGGCACUGCAGCCUGGGGGAUCAGAGGAAACCCUGUUGGGACGUCUCUUUAGCUACUACGGACCUGCUGAGGGCGAGAGUAAAGGUCACACAUUCCUCUUGAAGAGUGAAAAGGAAAAUCAUUUUCUGCUGGGCCACAGCCAUGGCACUGACUGGGUGGAAUACGAUGCCUGUGGAUGGUUGAAUUACGCCAAGCAGAAUCCUGCCUCCACCAAUGCUACAAACCUCCUGCAGGACUCCCAGAAGAAGAUCAUCAGCUCAUUGUUCAUGAGCCGAACGAGUGGAGCCACUGUUCUCUCUGGCUCCAUCGCAGGCCUCGAAGGUGUUUCCCAGCUGUCCUUGCGACGUGCCACUAGCAUGAGGAAGACCUUCACCACAGGGGUGGCUGCUAUCAAGAAGAAGUCCUUGUGCAUUCAGAUAAAGCUCCAAGUGGAUGCCCUCCUUGAUAUGGUGCGGCGGUCCAGGAUUCACUUUGUUCACUGCAUAUUGCCCAAGGCAGAUGCCCUCAAGGCUCUGAGUGGAUCCCUGUUCAAAGGAGGGGAAUGUGAUACUCAAGGGGAGACUGGAGAUCCCGGCUUAAUGCAGCUGGAUGUAGCUUUGCUCCGUGCUCAGCUGCGUGGCUCCAAGCUGCUUGAUGCUCUCCGGAUCUACAGGCAAGGUUACCCCGAUCACAUGGUUUUCUCUGAGUUCCGACGACGCUUUGACGUCCUGGCGCCACACCUGACCAAGAAGCACGGGAGGAAUUACAUUGUAAAGGACGAGAAGCGAGCUGUGGAGGAGCUACUGGAGUCCUUGGAUCUGGAGAAGAGCAGCUACCACAUGGGCCUGAGCAGGUUGUUCUUCAGAGCCGGCACCUUGGCUAAACUGGAGGAACAGAGGGACGAGCAGACCAAGCGUAAUCUGACCCUGUUCCAAGCUGCCUGUAGAGGCUACCUGGCACGGCAAGCCUUCAAGAAGAGAAAGAUUCAGGAUCUGGCAAUCCGUUGCAUCCAGAAAAACAUCCAAAAGAACCACGGCGUCAAGGAUUGGCCAUGGUGGAAGCUCUUCACCACAGUCCAGCCCCUCAUCAAGGUCCAGCUCACCGAGGAGCAAAUGCGGAGCAAAGACGAGGAGAUACAGCAGCAGAAAUCGAAGCUCGAGAAAGUGGAGAAAGAGAGAAAUGAGCUGAGACUGAACACGGAUCGAUUGGAGAGCAGGAUCGCAGACUUGUUGGCAGAAUUGGCUGAUGAGAGAAGCACGAGUGAGUCAGCAUCCCAGUUGCUGGAGACUGAGACUUCAGAGAGACUCCGCCUGGAGAAGGACAUGAAGGAUCUUCAGGCUAAGUUUGACGCCGUGAUGAAGCAGUUAGAAUCGCAGGAGAUGGAGGUGAUGGAAGCUCGACUCUUGAAAACAUCGGAGCUCAACGGGGAGAUGGACGAUGACGACGACGACGAUGCUGGAGGCGAGUGGCGGAUAAAAUACAACCGAGCCAUUCGUGAAAUGGACUUCACCAAGAAGAAACUCCAGCAGGAGUUUGAUGAGAAGCUGGACACGGAGCAGCAGGCCAAAAGACAUCUUGAGAGAAGACUGGCUGAUUUGCAGACGGAUAACGAGGAUGUGCAGCGCUCUGUGCAGCAGCUCAAGAAGAAGUGCCAGAAACUGACGGCGGAGCUGCAGGACACCAAGCUCCACCUGGAGGGCCUACAGAGCCGCAACCAUGAUCUGGAGAAGAAACAGAGGAAAUUUGACCUGGAGCAGAAUCAGGCUCAGGCCGAGGUACAAAGAGAAAAGAGCCAGAGGGAGAAGCUGGCUCGAGAAAAAGAUCUAAUGACUGGUGAGAUGUUUAACCUCCGCCAGCAGCUCCAGGACAAGGACAUUGAAUUGUGCGCAGCGAAUGUGAAGGUGCAGCAGCUGGAGGCUGAGCUCCAGGAUCUGUCCUCCCAGGAGUCUAAAGAUGAAGCCUCGCUGGCCAAGGUCAAGAAGCAGCUCCGCGACCUGGAGGCCAAGGUGAAAGACCAGGAGGAGGAGCUGGACGAACAGGCUGGAAGCAUCCAGAUGCUGGAGCAGGCUAAGCUGCGGCUUGAGAUGGAGAUGGAGAGGCAGCGACAGACCCACUCCAAAGAGAUUGAGGGUAAAGAUGAAGAGGUAGAGGAGAUUAGGCGGUCCUGCGGCAAGAAGCUGAAACAGAUGGAGGUGCAGCUGGAGGAGGAGUAUGAAGACAAGCAGAAAGUGUUGCGUGAGAGACGAGAGCUAGAGUCCAAACUGCUGAACACCCAGGACCAGGUGUGCCAGAGGGAUGUGGAGACGGAGAAGAGGCUGAAGAAAGACCUGAAGAGAACCAAAGUCCUUCUAGCUGAUGCACAGAUUAUGUUGGACCACCUGAAGAGUAACGCCCCCAGCAAGAGGGAGAUCGCACAGCUCAAAAAUCAACUGGAGGAGUCGGAGUUCACUUGCGCGGCGGCAGUGAAGUCUCGAAAGGGCAUGGAGAUUGAAAUAGAGGACCUGCAUAUCCAAAUGGAGGACGUGGUCAAGACGAAGCUAUCGCUGGAGGAGCAGGUCAGCCGUCUGCAGAGAGAGAAGAACGACCUGCAGUCCCGUAUGGAGGAGGAUCAGGAGGACAUGAAUGAGCUGAUGAAGAAACACAAAGCUGCAGUUGCCCAGUCUGCCAGAGACUCGAGCCAGAUCAGUGACCUGCAAGCCCAGCUGGAAGAGGCCACGAAGGAGAAGCAGGAGAUCCAAGAAAAGCUCCAUUCGCUGCAGAGCCAGCUAGAGUUCCAAGAACAGUCAAUGGUGGAAAAGUCUCUUGUGUGCCGUCAAGAGGCCAAGAUCCGUGAGCUGGAGACCAAACUGGAGUAUGAGAGGACACAGAUCAAACGCUUGGAGAGCCUGGUGGGUCGUUUGAAGGAGAACCUCGAAAAGAUGACAGAGGAGAGAAACCAACGCAUUGCUGCAGAAAACAGGGAGAAGGACCAGAAUAAGCGAAUGCAGAGGCAGAUAAGGGACAUAAAAGAAGAAAUGGGAGAGCUGUCCAAGAAGGAGGCCGAGGCGAGCCGCAAGAAGCACGAAUUGGAAAUGGACAUCGAGAGCUUAGAGGCGGCAAAUCAGAGCUUACAAGUGGACCUCAAGCUGGCCUUCAAGAGGAUAGGUGACCUGCAAGCUGCCAUAGAGGACGAGAUGGAGAGUGAUGAUAAUGAUGACUUAAUCAACAGUUUGCAAGACAUGGUGACAAAAUAUCAGAAAAGAAAGAACAAAACUGGGGAUGAGACAGAAACAGAUUCAGAGGUAGAGGACCGUGUGGAUGGAGUUAAGUCUUGGCUCUCGAAGAACAAAGGCUCCACAAAGACACUGUCAGAAGAGGGAAGCCUGAAGAGCACCAGCCCUCCCGUGUGCCCUAGACACCUGGGUCUUGGCAGAUCUGAUGAAGAGGAUGAGGUGGACAGAGACUCCAGCGGGCAGUCGCUGAGGCAGAGCGAUGGCGAAGGAACAUUGGCAGAGAGCACAUCGUAACCCAAACUCAGGUCACCUCGUGCUUUCAGUGACAUCAAACACACAGGAGGGACACUUCUUUUCCCACAACUAUACCACCACUUCUCAGCCAGCAGAGAAAGGCCGGAUGCUUCCAGAGGCAAGGACGGAGGAGAGGCACACAAAGAACACUAUUUAGAUAUUUUAGACAGGGCUUUUUAUCAUAUUUAACUUGAUGUUGCUUCCAUGAUUAAUAUGCUGUUUUUAAUUUAAUGCAACAUAUCGAAUAAGGUAGUCAAUACAGAACAUUGAAGCUGAGCGCUAUCAGAAGAACUUCCUGCCGAUACUUUAUUUAUAAGAGCCGCUUUUCAGGCAAAUUUAAGCACUCCUCUGCACUCUCCUCUCACUGUUCAGAUAGCUCUGCCAAGAGGAUUUAGAUAAGCCCGCUCUGGCUUCACUUCUCCAAGAAGGUCUGACCAACUAUUAAGACUGUUCUUAUCUCUUUUCCAUUAAUGUGGACUAGCGCAGUGGGAGGAAUUAACCCGUUUUCAAUUAAUUAUCUUACUGUAAGUUUACAUGUGGCUCUUGUCCCAAGUUGAGAUAUCCAUCAUUUGAACAAAGCGAUGCUAGGUCAUGAUUGCUGACAUCAAAGUAAAAUCAUUUUUUUCCAAUUUAAACCAAGCUGUUAGAAGUGGUAGAUAUGUCUGAAGUGUUGAGAAAUGGAUUUAAAGCAAAGUAUCUAAAAGUGUAAAUAUAGUUUACAGAUAUAAUAUAAUGUGGAAUCAAAGCCUUUACAUGAACGUGAUAUUCAAAUGAAGUUAAGCUAGUGAGAGGAGUAUUUUAUUAGGAUAAGAUUUAUGUCAUAUUCCUGAUUUCUUCUUAUCUUUCAGUGGAGCGCAUGCCUCUGAGGCUCAGUUAUGCUUUUGUCCACUUGUGUUAUGUUUCUUGAAGUUCGAAGGGAAUGUUGUUGUUGUUUUUUGCUGUUACAGAAGGAUCUCAUGUAGCACUUAUGAGACCUUGCAGAUGCGGUGACGGAUGGUGUUUUUUUGUUGUUGUUUUUUUAAGAUUGACAAACACUGAAUUUCUUUAAAGCUCGGUUUAAUGUUAAAUCCUAAUGUUAAUUUUCCGGCGUAAUAACUUUCAUUUGAAAUAUUCUGUUACUUGUUACAGGUGCAUUUUGCAGAUUGUCUAGGAAUGAGGGUUUUUUUGGCCGUAUUGGUUUAAGCAGUAAAAAUAAUCACAUCAGUACAACGUGGUCCUUCAAGUUUAAGGUGCCAAAGACGCCAUAUACAUACAUAUCUAAAAGGAUUUCAGUGUUGACUGUGAAGUUUUCGGAAGGGUUAUUUAAUGUCAAACUCGUUUAUUUGUAGCCACUUGCAUCACCUGAUAGAAACCUGCCAAAAAUACUUAAAAAAUAAUUAAAGCCAGUCUGCUCUUAUAAAUAAAUACCUUUAUGUGAUUUGUUGCUGUCCAGACACAUUUAAAACUCGCUGCUUAUUUCUAUAUUUGGGCCUUACGUAAUUAUAAAGAUAUUCUUAGCUGAUUGUGACCUUUUGUGAAUUUAAUCUCUAUUUAAAUGACAUGUAUUUAGAUUUGAAUUACAGAAGCAUACGCAGUAUAUGUGCAUAUGUGGUGUGUCUGCUCAUGUGCAAGGAAAAGCUUCAAGUGUCUAGCUUACUAUUUGCAUAUCUCCUCACAGGAGGCUGAUCUGCAUUUCAUGUCUUAUUUUCUGAGGGUUUUUUUCUUUUUUCUUAACACAUGAAUAUUAAUAUGAAACACAGGAAAUUUUGAUGUCAGUGAUCAGGAAUAGACUUGUUAAAUUUAAAAAAAUAUCUAAGUUUCACUGCAUCUGAGUUGCUGACAUUACAAAUAAUGUUUCAAAAGUCUGUACACCUCAUAUCUUUCGAAAAGGCUUGUCUAUUUUCAUUAUGGAACAGAUCACCAUUUGUAAUGAGUGAUUUUGGAAGUUUUUUAGUAAAUAAAUUCAGCUGUUUGUUUACAGAAUCAAUGCCGGGCUUGC